AUGUCUUCCCAAACAACAGUGAACUUUAUUCUUGGUACCCACAUGAUCGGCGACAGUAUUAGAGACCCUGGGAUUGUACAUUUCGAUAGUCCAGAAGCCGUACAAAAACUUCUGGAUACAUUUUAUGGCGGUGGCUACCGGCAUAUCGACACAGCCAGUGACGACUCUCCGAGUGCUCCGGGUGCCUCUGAGGCACGCCUUGGCCAGGCUGGAGUUACCAGUCGGUUCACUGUCCAUUCGAAAGCCCACAGUGGUCAUCCUGGGGACCAUGAACCUUCGAAGAUUGAUGCACGCAUUGGCCAGUCGCUAGUUGCCCUUCAGACUUCCACUGUGGAGACAGUCUUUCUGCAUGUGCCCGAUCGCCAGACACCCUUUGAAGACACUGCAAAGGUAAUGAAUGACGCUAUACAGCGAGGUAAAUUCAAGAAGUUUGGACUCUCGAAAUAUACUGCGUAA